UCGUCGGCUGCGUGAUCCUGGGCUACAUGGCGUGGGUCCUCGCCACCUCCAUCACCGUGUCGCGAUUCCUCUCCGGAACCCUGAUCUUCACGUACAGCGUCCUGGGCGUCGGGUUCCUGUUCUUCCUAACCGGCCUCGUCGGCUGGGUCGCCAGCGCGUCCGAGGUGCUCUGCCUGCUGCGCCUGUACCUGAUCGCGCUCGUCCUGGCCAUCGCCACGGAGAUCGGGGGCCUCAUCGCGCUCAGCAUCCUCGACACCAAGCUGGAAAUGGUACUCCUGAACGGUUGGGCUGAGGUCAACCAGGGAACACGCAACAUUGUCCAGAAUAAAUUCAACUGCUGCGGAUUUUAUGGACCUAAGGAGUUUGCCUACACUAACUACCCUCUCAGCAAUUCAUGUUAUGAUGGCGCAUCGGAAACGGAUGUCGAUGCCUUCACCAACGCUCAGCAGCUCAAGCAGACUGGAUGUGGCGCCCCACUCAAAUUCUGGCUGGACGAUAACAAAGCUGUCUGGUGCUCUAUCCUGGCGGGUCUCGGCGGCCUCCAGCUGAUGUGCGUGAUUCUCUGCAUCCACAUCAUCCACAAGCUCAAGGACAAGUCGGGCUACAAGAGGACCUCCUCCAAGCGGCGUCUCCACGACGAGAAGUCGGCGUACUCCCUGUGAGCCGUCGACCACCAUGAACUCAUAUGGUGAACUCGGAUGUUUGUCGCCUGUGUUCCAUCUCCCAACUUUUCCUGGUUGUAAAACUCCGCGGGAAGAAAGGCUGUAGCUAUCACUUUCGUCCUUCAUUUGACUAUUCUUCACCCGGCUCUUUCUGUAUUUGAAUAUUCUAAAUUCACCUUUGUAUAUAUAUCUUUCUAUUUGGGGGAAUUCUAACGAUUUUAUAUCUUUUUAUUUAUUCCAAUACAAAAUUAUUUUUUAAUUAUUUUUGUUUAAAAUUUAAUUGUUCAAAACUGAAAACGUUGUGAACGUUUCAUAAAAACUAUAAAGCAAAGUCGAUGACCCUGACACGUCUUGAGAUAUACAUAUAGUAGUACAGGACUUAAACAAUCAUAUUUAGCAAUGCCAAGGAAUUAAGCCAUGAAAAUGUGCCAUCAGUUAUAGUAGUGCUUUCUGUGUUCAGGUAAGUCUGUGUGAUUUAUCAGAAAGUGUCGAGGCAGACGAGUGGUAGUACCAAUAGAAUAAACGUUCUAGCUCACCAUAUGGUUCAUGCAAUAGUAGUGGUCGACGGGAACAAAUGAAUUUCGUUUUAAGUAUUAUUGAAACCCCAGCUCGAAUCUCCUACUUCAGCUGUUCUUAGGCCGCGCCGCACGGUCGAGCUCUGCCCAAAGUCUGCGGGCAAUGCGCGUGAUGCUUGUGUGUGUGAGAGCCAAGGUGCUCUCUGCACAUUGAAUUUGAGACAGAUUGUCCACGUGGCAAUAGAUGUGCGGUACAGUUAUAAAUUGGUGAUUUGGCUCAACAUCGGGCACGGGCAUUUCGAUUGUCUGCUCGCUUAAGAUGCUCGAUGAAGGGCAAAAUCCCCUUGCCCGCCAGGCAGUGCUUGGUCGUGUGCAAGCGGCAUUAGUCAAGCAAAUUACUUUGCAAAUCUCCUUUUUAUAAUAGUCUAGUAUACCUCUAUACUCAAACUCCGUUUGAUAAUUUUUAAUUCCUAUAAGAAUAUGGCUUCAUUAAUUUCGAGAGGAAGGUAUUCUAUAAUUUUGUACUUGAACCCUAAUCGGCCAUUAAAUACAUUGUUACGAACUUGAAAAAAAUGCUAUCAAUAUUUUACGAUGCUCCGUAUGAUGAAAAUAUUUUGUGUAAGUGAUUAUCGCCAUCAAGAGUUUCGCUAAAUUGUUUCGGAACUGUUGAUUCUGAUAAGGUUACAUACGUUACCUGUUAUUGUUGAUUAUUUUGUUGAAAUGGCUUGUGUGGUACUGUAGCUCAUGAAUGUACAGUGUAACUAUGCCUGAUCUUUUAGAGCAACAUAGUACGCUCAUGUUUAUCCUAACGCUGUAUCAUUUUAAUUAUCGUAUGUCGUCCAUGUCCCUCAGAGAAAACUGAAAGAUUGAAUUAUUUUUAUAACGCCUUUUAGGAUAUUCAACCGACACUGCUAUACGUACACUGUAUGUUUCAGUGUCUGGAAGCCAGAUUAGACUUAAAACGAGAAAUAUGAUGUUUGUCCCUCACUGCUUAUGUGUCCGCUUUCCUUCUCCUAUGUACGUGCGGUUUGUUUCGCACUACUACUGCAGCUGCGUUUUGUGGAGCCUUGUUUGUUUGUUGUUUGUUGUAUCCUUUCCUCAGCCUCUUUGUUUUAUGACUAUUUUGACCGUAAAUAGACAUUUGACUUGCUUGUAUAUAUGUACAUCACCUUUUCCCGCUUUUAUAAAUGUAGAUAAAUUUAGUUGUGUUUUAGACAUGAAAUCAAUGAUUGUUAUAGCUUUUUUAUCAA